UAUGAAAAAAAUUGUAGACGACUAGAGUUCGUUAGUUGUAUUUGUAUAAAAUCAAUCGUUGCAAAAUGAUAUGAGUAAAGGGAUUGAUUGUGCUUUUUAUUACUUCUGGUCCUUCACAAUAGUUUACACACGUAAAAUAAUUUUAUAUUGGUAGUGUUUGGGGGUUAAUGUGUUUGCUAGACCAUUGACCCCUAUUAUACUUGUCCUAUAUUAAUUUUUUUAUUUCGUUUUGUAUUUUUUGUAGUAUUGCAAGGGUUCUGAAUUGGAAAAGAAGUACCGAGUAUUCAAUCUAUCCGUCAGUUUUAUUGUUGCGGGUGUAUAUUAACGGUGUUCAAUUUAUGCGUCACAGUUGAACAUAGUUUCAUAACAAAUAUUAUGGAUCUCAAUUUUGUAUAGAAAAUUAUGGAUCUCGUAUACUUUAUAUUUUAAUGGACAGAUUAUAGGAACUAAACUAAAAUGGCUAGCAAACAAAUAAACUCCAUAAACAAUAAGGAAAUCAUUACUGCACAAGACCAUGAAGAAUAUUUACGUACAAAAACUUGUAUAACACCAGACGAUAUAUUUCGAUUUCCGUAUAUUACUACUGGGUAUUUAUGUUUGCCAGAAGCUAAUAUUUACAACAUAGACUUUAUUCGUUUUAAAAUUCGUGAUCUUGAUUCGGGAACUGUAUUAUUCGAAAUAACCAAACCCGAAGAUUCAGCAGAAAAAAAAGUAGAAGAAACCGAUUUGAACAGUGGCCGAUUUGUACGUUAUCAAUUCACUCCAAAGUUUCUAAAAUUGAAAUUAAUUGGAGCAACUGUGGAAUUUAGAGUUGGUAGUAAACCAGUGACUAAGUUUCGUAUGAUUGAACGUCACUUUUUCCGGGAUAAAUUGCUCAAGAUGUUUGAUUUUGACUUUGGCUUUUGUAUUCCACAUAGUAAAAAUACUUGUGAACACAUAUAUACGUUUCCAAAAUUGGAUCCUGAAUUAAUUCAAGAAAUGAUCAAUAAUCCGUUUGAAACAAAAUCAGACAGCUUUUAUUUUGUCAAUGAUCAAUUGAUAAUGCACAACAAAGCUGAAUAUUCAUAUAAUGGUGUCUAGAACUAUUCGUUCAGAUUUUUUAUGCAAAUAGUGUUAAAAUAUUAUGAUUCACAGCUUUUUUUCAUUUUUAACUAAGGAUUUGAUUAAUAUAUUAAUCAAUUAGUGUGAUAAUACUUUUCACCAUUGUGAUAAUAUUGUAGUUUUUACAUAGCAUUUAAUUUAUAAGAAAAUUGUAAUUAAUU